AUGGCGUCGAAAUCGAAAUCGAAAUCCACAGCAGCAGCAGCAGCAGCAGCAGCAGCAACAACAACAGGGUUGGUUCUCCCCCAGAAGCGAUCGCAGCCCCCGGGGCUGAACGAGAACGAGAAGAAGAUCUACACGUUGAUCAAGAACCGGGAGGGGAUGGGCAUCUCCCAGCCUGACAUUCGCAGCGCCAUCAACCUUGACAUUCGCACCCUCUACAAGGCCCUUGAAUCCCUGCAGGCCAAGCAGCUCAUCAAGACGGUCAACAGCGCCCGCAACAAGCGCGCCAAGAUCUACAUGGACUUCCAAUGUCAGCCUUCCGCCGAGCUCUCGGGUGGACACUGGUUCACCAACGGUGAGUUUGAUGAGGGCCUCGUCUCAGCCGUUAGGCAGUCCUGCCUCACCUUGAUCAAGACCCUCGGGGUGGCCACCGUCGAUGAUCUAAUCAGUUCCAUCAACAAGUGUAAUAUCUUCGUUGGUGGCAUCACUGAGGCUCAGAUCGAUGACAUCCUUCAGUCUCUCAAGGUGGAUGGUGUGGGUUCUGCCAGACAAGAAGGAGCCCCUCACCGGGGUCAUGGCGUCCAUUCCUUGUGGUGUAUGCCCCCGGAUCAGUGA